CUCUGACACAUAUUUCUCUCUCUCUCUCUCUCUCUUCUGUUGUGAAAGCCAAAGUGUCUCUCCAUAGACAGUGAUGGUACUGCUUCGAGGGAUUUAGUUUAAUGUUACAAAAAAAAAGCUAAGUGGUAAAAGAGAUAGUCUUUGUCUUCUUCUUCUUCCAUCUUUCAUUCUCCACGAAGAUCUUGCGAGAAGGGGUCUUUUAUAGCUGUUCGUCUAGUGUGCUCCAUGUGUAGUUGUAGUGUUCAAGCUCUGACGAUGAGAAGCAACAUAUUCUGGUUCUGAGAAAAAUGGGGUUUGUUCAGUUUCCUUCGUUCUUGGGGUUUAUGGAAGAUUUUAUAGUAAUAAGGUUUAUCUGAGUCUAAUGGUGGGUGAGGAGGGACAAAGGAGAUGGAGAAAGACGAGUUUGUGCUUCCGGAGUUAAAGAGUUAUAGCUGCUAUAGUAGCUGGAAGUGAGGAGAUUUAGGUUGUACGGAAUAAAAUUAGGGUUUUCUUUGUAUUUUUUUUUAAUUUGUUACUAAUUUCAAAGUUAGCACCUCCCUUUGUGUGUUUGGAUUUCUACUAUGAAGCUGUCAACAUCUGGAUUGGUUCAGCAGGGUCAUGAAGGAGAGAAAUGUCUCAACUCUGAGCUAUGGCAUGCUUGUGCUGGACCACUGGUCUCUCUUCCAUCAUCUGGAAGCCGCGUUGUCUACUUUCCACAGGGUCACAGCGAACAGGUAGCUGCUACAACUAAUAAGGAAGUUGAUGGUCACAUACCCAAUUACCCAAGCCUACCACCACAAUUGAUUUGCCAGCUCCAUAAUGUUACAAUGCAUGCAGAUGUGGAGACGGAUGAAGUCUAUGCUCAAAUGACACUUCAACCAUUGACACCGGAUGAGCAGAAGGAAACAUUUGUACCGAUUGAGUUGGGGAUACCAAGCAAGCAACCUAGCAAUUACUUCUGUAAGACUCUCACAGCUAGUGAUACUAGUACUCAUGGAGGGUUUUCUGUUCCUCGACGCGCUGCAGAGAAAGUUUUUCCUCCACUGGAUUACUCACUGCAGCCACCAGCACAAGAACUGCUCGCAAGGGAUCUCCAUGAUGUUGAAUGGAAAUUUAGGCAUAUCUUUCGAGGACAACCCAAACGGCAUCUCUUAACUACUGGGUGGAGUGUCUUUGUUAGUGCUAAGCGACUAGUAGCUGGAGAUUCUGUCAUUUUUAUAAGGAAUGAAAAGAAUCAACUCUUUUUGGGAAUACGUAGAGCCACUCGUCCACAGACUGUUGUACCAUCAUCUGUUUUAUCUAGUGAUAGCAUGCAUAUUGGACUCCUAGCUGCUGCUGCACAUGCUUCUGCAACUAACAGUUGUUUUACUGUUUUCUUUCAUCCAAGGGCUAGCCAAUCUGAGUUUGUGAUACAACUUUCCAAGUACAUUAAAGCUGUUUUCCACACCCGUAUUUCAGUUGGGAUGCGCUUUCGCAUGCUCUUCGAGACAGAAGAGUCGAGUGUCCGCAGGUACAUGGGUACUAUAACUGGUAUCAGUGAUCUGGAUUCUGUUCGUUGGCCCAACUCUCAUUGGCGAUCUGUGAAGGUUGGUUGGGAUGAAUCGACUGCAGGUGAGAGACAACCAAGGGUUUCUUUAUGGGAGAUUGAGCCUCUUACCACCUUUCCCAUGUAUCCAUCUCUGUUUCCUCUAAGGCUCAAACGUCCUUGGCAUGCUGGCACUUCAUCAUUACAUGAUGGAAGGGGUGAAUUGGGAAGUGGUCUACCAUGGCUGAGAGGAGGAGGAGGAGGUGGAGAGCAACAAGGUUUGCUUCCUCUAAAUUAUCCAUCUGUUGGUUUAUUUCCAUGGAUGCAACAAAGGAUGGAUCUCGCUCAACUCGGGUCUGAUAAUAAUCAGCAAUACCAAGCAAUGUUGGCCGCUGGAUUACAGAACAUGGGCGGUGGAGAUCCUCUCAGACAACAGUUUGCCCAGUUGCAAGAGCCUCACCACCAGUAUCUUCAACAAUCAGCUUCCCAAAAUUCUGAUUUGAUGCUUCAACAACAGCAACAAGCAUCAUCACACCAUCUCAUGCAUGCUCAAACUCAGAUUAUGAGUGAGAAUCUUCCACAGCAGAGUAUCCGACAAGAAGUUAGUAAGCAACCAGCUGGGCAGCAGCAGCAAUCGGACCAAAAUGCAUAUCUUAAUGCUUUUAAAAUGCAAAACGGUCAACUUCAACAGUGGCAGCACUCGGAUAUGCCUUCUCCUUCUUCUUUCAUGAAAGCAGGUUUUACUGAGACGAGCAACAACAAAUUUGCAGCAACAACAGCCAGUCCGAUGCAACAAAACUCUGUCUCUCCGGGGUCUGGACAUGGCAGCAAUCUUUUGAACUUCUCUAUAACCGGGCAGUCUGUACUGCCUGAGCAGUUAAUGGGAGAGGGUUGGUCUCCAAAAGCAUCCAACACUUUUUCUGAACCGUUGUCACUUCCACAAGCAUACGCUGGGAAAAGCCUUGCUCUAGAAACUGGAAGUGCCAACUUGAAUCCACAGAAUCCCUCUCUCUUUGGUGCUGAUCCUGGCUCUGGACUUUUCCUCCCAAGUACGGUGCCUCGGUUUGCUUCUUCAUCAGGAGAUGCGGAGGCUUACCCUACUAUGUCACUAGCAGAUUCAGGGUUUGAGAAUUCCUUAUACAGCUGCAUGCAAGACACAACUCAUGAGUUAUUGCAUGGAGUUGGACAGAUUAAUCCGUCCAACCAAACCAAGAACUUUGUAAAGGUUUAUAAAUCAGGUUCGGUUGGGCGUUCACUAGACAUCUCCCGAUUCAGCAGCUAUCAUGAGCUGCGAAAAGAGUUAGGGAAGAUGUUUGCUAUCGAAGGGUUGUUGGAAGACCCCCUUAGAUCAGGCUGGCAGCUUGUAUUCGUUGACAAGGAAAAUGAUAUUCUUCUCCUUGGCGAUGACCCCUGGGAGUCAUUUGUGAGUAACGUUUGGUACAUAAAGAUACUAUCGCCGGAAGAUGUGCAGGAAAUGGGAGAUCAUGGCGAAGGCAGUGGCGGGUCUCUCCCGCAAAACUCGACCCAUCUCUAAAACCUGCUACGUUUGAAGUCGCUUCAUUCCACUGAUCUUUAUAUGCCACUCUCUCUCUCGCACUCUCCUUUUGACGUUGGUAGAAAGAAACAUUUAUCAUAUCUGUGAGUAUGGGUCCUAAAACUUGAGGGCGUACUUUGGCUUUGUAUUAGACACUCUGGUCAUAAACAUAAGAACCUUUUCUAGGCUCUCAGGUAACUCAGCUUUUCUAGUGAUAUCAUUUGUUCUAUUUGGUACGUUAAACUUCCUCCUAUUUUAUUUAGCUCUGGAAACAUUUUAAGACAUUGUGGUCCUGC